UUACGCUUUCCGUGCCUGGCCAAGCUUGAUCCUUCUCUUCUUCACAUAACAGAUUAUUAAACAUGGUCAGAGUCUCCGUCUUGAACGAUUGCUUGAACAGCAUCAACAACGCUGAACGCCGUGGUAAGAGACAAGUUCUCGUCCGUCCUUCCUCCAAGGUCAUCAUCAAGUUCUUGUCCGUCAUGCAAAAGCACGGUUACAUUGGUGAAUUUGAGGAGAUCGAUGACCACCGUUCCGGCAAGAUCGUCAUCCAACUCAACGGUCGUCUUAACAAGUGUGGUGUUAUUUCUCCCCGUUUCAACAUCAAGCUUACCGAACUCGAAAAGUGGACUGCCAACUUGUUGCCUGCCCGUCAAUUCGGUUACCUUAUCUUGACCACCUCCGCUGGUAUCAUGGAUCACGAAGAGGCUCGUCAAAAGCACACUGGUGGUAAGAUCCUCGGUUUCUUCUACUAAGUCUGCUGUAAUCUAUCAUCUUUUUACAAUAAAGUUGAUUUGAAAUACUAGAAGAAAGCAAAUGUUUAUUAUCAUCAACUAGAUGAUUGACAAAGCACAUGGUUUACGAUCGACUGCUUGUUGCUAUAGAAACCAAGCGAUUGUAUAGCUG